GUUCUAGGUGGUUGGACAUUAUAACCUCAGCCCACGCUGCGCUCUCUUCCUCUCUUUUUUCUUUUUUCUGCUUCUUAUUAGCAAUAACAACAACAACAACAACAACAACAGCAACGCUCAAGGCAUAUAUAUCGUCGCUUUCUCUUCUCUCUCGUUUUCCCCUCUUUUACUUCUUUUUAUCCGUCCGUCUUCUUUACCAUUUCUCACUAUUUCCCUCGCCGCACACAUCCGUUAUACACCACAAAUACACAGCAACAACAAAAGUAAUACUACUAAUAUGCAGCCGUCGUCAGCAGCAGACUUUUCACCUAUCCACGAACCCACCUACUUUGCACAAAGACGCUCCAGUAUACCCCAAAAUAGUGAAAAGAAUCCAUUUUCCAUGCUGCUGACCGGUCAUUCUUUGACUCCAUGGAAGAGUGCCGACAGUCUCGUCGUCACCCCAACCAGCAAUGCAACCAGCAUCACCACCACCACCGGUGCCAGUAAUAGUACAACCGACUUGGAACGACCACCAGCAGCAACACGGUCUUCGAUGCGACGCUCCAAUGGUUAUCCGUCCGUAUACCCUACAACCACUACUGUGACUUCUCCAACGAAUGACCAUGAACAAUCACAACCAUCUUCUGGAUUGACAGAACGCAUUCGCAAAUUCUCCUUUUCGCGCCAACCACACACUACUACUAAUAAUAAUAAUAACAGCCAACUGUUGCACCCAAUCAACAACAGUAGUCAAGUACAACAGUCAAGUACACCGUCCUCGCCUAGACUUCCUCCACCAUUAUUACAUCAGCAAAAUGACGUAGUAAUGACCAACACUAUCAACAAGGACUAUGACCCUGCGACGGGCAACAAGGUUAUCAACAAGUACAUGAUUAUCAAAGAAAUCGGUCGAGGUGUCCAUGGAAAAGUCAAACUUGCUGAAGAUAUCGAAACGGGUGAACUAGUGGCCAUUAAAAUUGUCGACAAGCGAACCCGACGACGGCAACUUGGAUACAGUCUGUUACGUGGCAACAGUCAACAGCAUGUCCGCUCUGGACUGGAUGGACUCAAAAAGCAGACUGAUUUGCCGCAGUACAGAGAGAACGAACAAAAGAUUCGGCGUGAGAUUGCCAUUUUGAAAAAGUGUGCCCAUCCACACGUUGUCAGGCUACGUGAAGUGAUUGAUGAUCCUGCCAGUCGAAAAAUAUAUAUGGCGCUGGAGUAUAUGGAAGGCGGAGAGAUCGAAUGGCGCGACGAGAAUGAAAUGCCGGUUUUAUCGAUCGACGAGGCGCGUAGCGUAUUCAGAGACGUUGUAAGCGGUCUAGAUUAUCUCCAUUAUCAAGGCAUCAUUCAUCGCGAUAUCAAACCAGCCAAUUUGCUAUUGACAAAUGAUCUAGUUGUUAAAAUCUCGGAUUUUGGCGUCUCAUAUUUCAAUGAGUUAUUGGCUGGCGACGGACAACGGUCCACGACUACGACGAGUGAUACUAGUCGCGUGGAUCGCGAGUUGGCAGAGACUGCAGGCACACCUGCAUUCUUUGCUCCAGAACUUUGUUGUGCAGGCGACAUGCCGCUCAGUCCCACGACCAGUCUGGAUAGUCAUAGCAGUAACCAUAGUGUCGCUAAAGAAGGACCAGGCAACGACGAAAGUAAUAGAGAUAGCACUCACAGUGGUAACAGCAACAACAACAACAACAACAAUAGCGACAAAGUAUCACAUUAUCGGCCCCGGAUCACCAAAGCCAUCGAUGUGUGGGCACUGGGAGUGACCCUGUAUUGUUUUAUCUUUGGUCAGUGUCCAUUCACGGCAGCCACAGAAUUCGAACUGUUCGAUACGAUACCCACAGAGCCAUUGAGGUUUCCGGACCCGGAAGAGAUUGGAUUCGACAUUUCUGAUGAGCUCAAACAUCUUUUGCAUCGGUUAUUAACAAAGAAUCCAGAUGAGCGUAUCACGCUCGAACAAGUCAAGCAUCAUCCUUGGGUGAUUGAGGACAUUGAGGAUCCACAAGCAUGGUGGGAAGAAGCAGAUCCUCGACGGUACAAGGCCGUUGAAGUCACUGAUGAAGAGGUCACUCAAGCAGUGACGAUCAUGGACCGUCUCCGCAAGUCAAUUCAAAAACUGUCAUCGUCGCUUUCCAACUUGACACACGGUAUUACGCGACGACGAUCCAAAAGCGUUUCAUCUCAACCACAACAGCAGCAGCGACCGUCUGUUCCUUCAUCUAAAGCAGCAGCAGCAGCAGCAGCCCAUCACCAUCAACAGCAACAGGAACAGCAACCUGUGGUAGAACCACUUAUGCAUGGCAAAUCAUCUUUUUCGACAUCCUUCAUUCCACCUAACAACAAUAAUAAUAGUCAUAGACAACAACCACAUUCACUAUCAUCAUCAUCAUCAUCCAAUAUUAUGCGACCCAUUUCAUGUCUUUCCGAUGAUACACAGUAUAGUCAUCCUCAUCAUCACCGACACCAUCAUCAUCAUCAUCAUCAUCGUGGUUCUGAUAUAUAUCCUGAUCUGGAGGAAGAGGACGAGGAGGAUUUAUACGAAGAAGGACCAGAAGGUUAUGAUCAUCUUCAUCAUCAUCAUCGUUCAUACAAUCAACAUCAUCCACAACAACAAUUGCAACAUCGACCCAGUUUGGAUCGACAAGCAUCCUCUGCUUCGUCUUCCUCGGGAUUGGGCAUUACCAUUAGUCGAUAUCGUGGCGGAUUGACGCCUCAAGUCCCUCCUUCGUCGUAUCACCCAGCAUCUCAAUAGUAGAUAUCACACACAAACACACACACACACACACAUAUAUAUAUAUAUAUUUUAUACACACCACAGACAAGACAUACAUAAUCCAACCUUUCUUAUCACGCAUUCUCCUCUUCAAGUUAUAUCUUUUUUUUUAACACAACUCACUUAAUAAUACACGCUUGCGUAUAUACAACACGCACAA